GCCUUUUUAUUUGAUUAAAAUCCAUUAUCCUAUCCUCCAUUAUCGCCUUAUUGAUUUGCCUUGCCUUCCCUUUAAGCAGGGAGGGACUGAGAAUUUUCUGAAUGCAUCAUCACGCCGCCAUAUCCUUCAAACCUUCAUCCAAUGGCUUGUUCUCUCUCAAUCCAGGAAUCUUCCAAAACCCUAGUUUUGUAAUUGGCCCAUUCAGAAACAAGCUUCGUUAUUCCAUUCUUAAUUGCAGAGGCAUUGAAAUUCCCCUUCCUAAACUCCCCCCACGCAUUAAUUCUGUCAACAAUGGCUCCACAAGUAUCGCCGCUGCUGUCAAAGAUGUUGAUAUUGCUACUCUUGGGAAUCUCUGUGUCGAUAUUGUUCUCAAUGUACCGGAAUUACCUCCUAAGCCUUUAGAACAACGAAAGGCUUAUAUGGAACAGUUGUCCAAAUCCCCUCCCGAUAAGCGGUACUGGGAGGCAGGUGGAAACUGCAAUGUGGCUAUAGCAGCAGCAAGGCUUGGCCUUCAUUGCAUCUCUGUUGGUCAUGUAGGUGAUGAGAUCUAUGGACGGUUCCUCAUUGAUGUGCUUAGUGAUGAAGGUAUUAGUAUAGUUGGGAUGAAUGAGCGGAGUGAAGCACUUAAUCUUUCAAGUGCUGACAAUGAAACACUACUGUGCUGGGUGUUAGUGGACCCUUCACAGAGACAUGGUUUUUGCAGUCGUGCAGAUUUUAGUGCAGAUCCUGCUUUCAGUUGGAUGAACAGACUAUCUACUGAAGUAAAGAUGGCUAUUAGAAAAUCAAAGAUCCUCUUUUGCAAUGGUUAUGACUUUGACGAACUCUCCCCUAGCCUUCUUGAAUCUGCUCUUGAGUGUGCUGUGGAAUCUGGGACAUCUAUCUUUUUUGACCCUGGACCACGAGGUAGGAGUCUUAUCUCAGGAAGACCUGAAGAACAAAGAACAAUUGGAAAGUUGUUGAGGAUGAGUGAAGUGCUUCUACUGACUUCCGAGGAGGCUGCAUCUUUAACUGGUAUCAAUGAUCCAAUUUUAGCGGGCCAGGAGUUGCUCAAUAAUGGAGUUUGUACUAAGUGGGUGAUUGUUAAGAUGGGUCCGAAGGGUUCAAUUUUAAUCACCAAGUCGAGCAUAACGUGUGCACCUGCUUUCAAGGUCAAUAUAAUAGACACCGUGGGCUGUGGAGAUAGUUUUGUGGCUGCUGUUGCAUUUGGCUUCAUACAUGACUUGCCCUUGAGUUAUACAUUAACCCUUGCAAAUGCGGUGGGUGCUGCAACUGCUACGGGGUGUGGUGCUGGUAGAAAUGUUGCCAGUUUGGGGAAGGUCCGGGAACUAUUGAAGGAAUCAAAUUUGAACGAGGAUGAGAAGUUUUGGGAUGAAGUACUGAGUGAUAAUGUGAACUCCCGAGAUGUAACUGUACUGUCAAAAAUGGUUGUAAAUGGUAAUAGUGAGGUGAACCGUGUCUCCCUACUAAAGGUGGUAUCAGAAGUGCUGCCUAAGCUUGAAUUUGCACCAAAGAUGACUGGCUCCUUCAAAUAGAUGAUGCAGUUUUUCUGGGACAAAUAAAUUUUGUAGAUGUUACCAUCAUUCUGAUUAAUUGUUGCAUAUUCACCCCAUGGAAAGAAAUGCAUGAGUUGGAGGUGGUCUAGCUUGUGGAUUAUGAAGUGCACAGUUGUAUUAGGGCUGCUACCUUGCUGGUGGUUGCAUUGACAGUUUUGUUGAUAAAGUAAGAAGUGUCCAGAUACUAUUCAUUGAUCUGCUUGCAUGCAUGCGAGAGGGAUUGGCAGAUAGAUUGAGCAUUAGUGUUUGAGGGAGAUUGCAUGAUCAAGUAGCUUGUGAUUCCUGCUUUUUGACGGUUCUGAUUUUUUCUACGUGCACACUUAAGAAGCUGUGCCUUGCUUCCUGUAAUUUGAUUCUUACAUCUGUGACCGCCUGGAAUAUUAGGUUACUCUAACAUACAGAAGAAAACAUGGGACAUCUGUUUUACAAUGGAUGUCAUAUAGCCAUAUUUUUCUAGUUUAGGAUGAGUAGAAGACACACGUCCAUAUUACCAUUUAUGAUACGAAUACUUGGGCACUCAUUUUGUGUAUCCCUUCCCAUUAUAUGCCAGUU